AUGCAGAUUUCCGGACUUUUCUCCAUCCUUGCUGUCGCUGGUGUUGCGGCCGCCCUUCCUCAGGGUACUCCUACCUUGCCCUCGGGCACCACCAACACCACAGCAUCGGCGACUGCCACCGCGACCUGCUCCCCGGGCCCCGCUAUCGAGUACACCGUUGUCUCUGGCGACACUCUGACAAAGAUUUCCCAGAAGUUCAGCUCUGGCAUCUGCGACAUCUCUUACGCCAAUGGCCUUGCUAACCCCAACUUCCUUUCCCUCGGCCAGGUCCUCAAAGUACCUACCCAAGUCUGCAACCCCGACAACACCUCCUGCUUGGCCAAGGAUGGUGACGCCACCUGCGUCAAGGAUGGCCCCACCAAACACACGAUUGUUUCUGGUGACACUUUCUUCCUCGUCGCCCAGAGAUACGGCCUCGACGUGAACGCUCUUCUCAACGCCAACCAAGGUGUUGAUCCUCUCCUGCUCCAGCCUGGCGACAGCAUCAACAUUCCCGUAUGCUAA